CGCAGUGGAAGGCACCACCACCACCAUCACCACCAUCACCGCGGCUGUCAUUACCACUAUCACCACCAUCACCACCAUCACCACGGCUGUCAUCACCAUCAUCACCACGGCUGUCAUCACCACCAUCACCACGGCUGUCAUCACCACCAUCAUCACGGCUGUCAUUACCACUAUCACCACCAUCACCACCAUCACCACGGCUGUCAUCACCACUAUCACCACCAUCACCACCAUCACCACGGCUGUCAUCACCACCAUCACCGCGGCUCUGCUCAUCGCCGGGAACUGCACACGCAUCAUCAGCUCCUGCGGGGUCGGCUCGGAUUGUCGAGGUCAUGGCCGCGAGUCGUCCCCUCCACCCAGGCGUCUGGGUCAGCCUCCUCCUCGUCCCCACACUCCUCCUCCUCCUCCUCACGAGCGGACACCCGGCGCUGUGCAUCGAGGUGGUGUCUCCGUCUGUGAUGCGCAACCUGAACGGCAGUAACGUGACGCUGCCCUGCACCCUCGUCUCGUGCUACACGAUGGACUCGAAGCUCAUCAACGUGCACUGGUUCUACUCCGAGAACGCGACCUCCAAGCGGAUCUCCCUGUUCUCGAUGGUGAAGGGGAGCCCGAGCUACGUGGUGUCGAGCCAGUUCCGCGGCCGCCUGGAGUGGAGCGGGGACGUGCGCCGCGGCUCCGCCUCGCUCGAGCUGCUGCGCGCGCGCAUCGACGACAGCGGCGUGUACAACUGCAGCGCGCGCCACCUCACCGACAAGCGCAAGCUGGGCUUCAGCACCAUGAAGCUCAUCAUCCUCACCGAGAUCCCCCGCGAGGACAAGACGCUGGUGAUCCUGGUGGGGGGCUGCGUGGGGGGCGCCGUGGGCCUCGCGCUGCUCGCGUGCAUCACCUGCAAGCUCGUGAACAUCGCGCGGGCACGCGGCUCGCCCGACAACAAGAAGGACCCCCUCGUGAAUUCCUCCCCGCAGCACCAGGCAGGGGACCGUGGCGGAAUCGACACUCACGAGCAACAGGGGGAGGGAGAGCGCGGGGAGGAAGCCGGCCUGGCGGCGGGAGAGGCUGCGGGGGGCGGCAGGGGGAAGGUCUCCAGCGCCUGAACCCCUGUGGCCACCUCCCCACCCCCCAACGGCCCCCUCCACCUUUGCGAACCCCCCUCCCCCCCCCCGUUCUAAUCUGUACCCCAGUCCCACACGGCAAACGCGGCCUGUCCCUGAGAGCCGCGGCGCUACACUCGGGGAAGGAUUAGCGCAGGGGGUGAAGAUCAUACCGUUGCCCAUGGGCCCAAACACGGCCCGCGACUUCAUUUCAUACGGCCCACGGCGGCCACAAUGAGGCCUUCCACUUCCCAACAGAUGUCGACCUGCCACUGCAAGGAUGUUAGCCGCGCUGAUGGGGUCCAGAGUGGGGAAUAUUUUCGAUCGGGCAACAAAGCUGUUUCUGAUUUUAGCUCCACACUCAGUCACCGGUUGUCUCUCGAGUAUCUCUGAGCGAACACAGUGCGAGUAUUUCCUAGCAGCGUCACAGCUCAGUGUCAGCCACUGUGAGAUUCACCGCCAAAGGAGGAAGGCACAUUGGAAAGUCGCAAUCGUUUGAGGGCCACCGUUGCCGCCGGUGAUUGUCACCGGCAGCAAGUUUGCCGGUGACCAACUGUGGCAACUCGGUCGGGCCGCGGCGUAGUGUGAAUGUCUUGCCCAUGACAGCAGAGUUUGUUGUCAGAGUGCGAUCGGCAGGCCGAGCGUGCUCACGUCGCCUCUGGCUGAGAUCUGAUGGGCGGUUGCUCAUCCCAGCUGCUGCCGAUCGGAGCGAGCGGCAUCGAUUAGAUUCGCAGAUUUUGGCGACUUAAAUGUUCCGCCGGGUCUGUCGGGAUUGGCGACCGGAGAAAUAUGUACACGCCCGGCACACUGCGUCCAGUAUACCUCUCGAUGAGGACUGUGGAUUCUGGUCACGCGAUGUCUACGCCGAUCUAACCAACGACCUGGGAUGAGAAAUGCUCGGUGGCGAUCUCGCUAAACUUGCCCGUGGUGUUGCCCAGGGCCCCGGAGAGGCGCAAGCCCAAGGCCGAACUCGCAGUCGAUUCGGGUGGAUUGGGAAGCGGGGCAACCCAAGCCCGCACCCAUGCCGGAGGCGUUGUGCCUGCAUCUGAUUCUUAACUGAGUCCAGACUGGAGUUGCGAGAGGGUUGGUUGCGAGGGGGUGCAGGAGGGUGGGAGUCGUUGCUGACGGGAGGCAGAGUGCAGAGAAGGUAUACCCAUUGCAUGAUGUGAGGUUUGCUCGUAGCGGCGUGAGGCGUGUGGUAUAAUCGCGACUGGAGUCUACACGCCGCUGACGAUGCUGUUGAUGAUGUUGAUAGUGAAUAAUCAGCUAUGAAUUUGAAAUCAUUCUGAAGCCCAACAAAUAUGAGGAAACAUGCCCAGAAAAAUGUUUCCUCAUGUAUGUUCCAGGAUACGUGAUUCAUGCAUGUUCGUUCCCAGACACGUCCCGGUAAAUAUGCCAACGUCAGCCCAACGUUGAAUGUUUACAGAUGAUCCCAGAUACAUGUGCCCUCACGUAUGUUUACAGAUACAUGUUUCCAGAUACAUGUCAACAAAAUACGUUUCCUCGUGUACGUUGCCAGAUACAAGUCUCCCGCCAAAAUAUUCAUCUUGAAUGUUUCCAGAUUCAAGUUUCUCGCCAAAAUCUUUCCUCGUGUACGCAGGAUGUUUCCGUGUCGCUAGAGACGAGGCGAUCCAUCUCUUGACGAUGUAGUCCCUUGAUAAUUCAUUUUCCCGACAACUGUUGAGGGACAUCUUUGUGUGGAAUCAGACGUGUGUGUUUCCCUCGUGCACAUUGGACUAAACGCGGUCACCCCAUUUAAUUAGAGCUGGGGGAUGGAGGGGGUGUUAAUUGAUGACCGGACAGAUGAGGGAUUAUCGGGAUCCAUAUCAUUUGAGGGAAGACUUUCCCCGGCCAUUGGCUUGUGGUUGGGACCAUUGGGACCAACUCUGGCCAACUUUGGUCACAACGGCUCCAUGUUAACUAGUAACCAUUUGUGGGGAGGUGUAACACACAUCUGGAUUGAAGAUGCCCCCCACCACAAACUUCAUGAUGGGAGGGGGGGCAAUCCAUAUGACGAGCCCCCCUACCAGACUGGCGACGUCGCCUGCUCAUGGCUACGUGACCCUCUACAACUUCAGAAUCAUUCCCACACGCGCCGCGUGCUGCGCCUUCGGCCGCUGCCGCUGUCUGCGCGUCGUGCUGCGUCGCUCGUUUGAUCGCCGCUCCGCUCAUUUUACCCAGAGCCGGUUUUAACGUUUCACUCUGUAACUCGGAGCCGUGUUUUAAGGUUUUAUCUGCACCGCUGGUUUCUAUGUUUUUAAUCGGAGCGAGUUUCACGCUCGUACGGCCUUCGCACGGACGAGUGCGCGUGUCUCGCACACACACCGAUCGAUCUCACCAGCGAGCACAGUCACCAAGCAGACACCAACACGCGUGCAUCACACACAUCUCACGUCCCUCCACAUGGCCAACAUACACACCGAUUCAUUGUGAGACCACCGCACAUCAGCCGCACCACACGGCCCGUCCUUGUGGCAGCGCAUCAUUGCAACAGAUGUCAACACGGAGCAACACUCGGGGCCUCCUCAGCAGUCGUGGAUUGCACGAACCACUGCCGACAGCCAAGGGGCUCCCUCGGAGAUGUUGGGAUUCGACUCACGCGUGCCGCUGUUACACGACGUUCACGUAGACGUACAUGUUCACGUACAUGGCGACGUGCGCUCUAUGGGUGAGAGGAGAGGAUGUGCGCCUCGCAGUGUCGCUGCUGGCUACUUGGCCUCGUCAAGACGACCGCGGUCCGGAUGUUUCAAUCGAUCGACCCCCAACCGCUGACGAGCACGUCACGGCUGGCGGGCAGCUGCAGCAGCAGCAGCAUCUGCAGCAGCAGCAGCUGCAGUAGCAGCUGCAGCUGCAGUAGCAGCUACAGCAGCAGCAGCAUCAGCUGCAGUAGCAGCUGCAGCUGCAGCAGCAGUAGCUGCAGCAGCAGCAGCAGCUGCAGCAGCAGCUGCAACAGCAGCAGCUGCAGCAGCAGCUCCAGCAGCAGCUGCAGCAGUAGCUGCAGCAGCUGCAGCAGCAGCUGCAGUAGCAGCAGCUGCAGCAGCUGCAGCAGCAGCAGCGGGACGACUCCUUGCCGGUGACCGUCUCCUCCACGUUCCCGCCCGCGGGACAUUUGUGUUUUUUUACAUUUAAUUAAUCUGUGGCGCUCUUCUGGAACAGAUCUGCCAUUCAAGUGGUAACUGUUCCACAUCGAACGAUUAUCUGAUCGAUACAAAUGACGUGUUCGUGUAAUGUUGAGUUAGGCCAAGCAGAGUGACGAAGUUGGACAAAGAGACGAACCGACACCAGCUGGACGCGACUUGGACAUGUUUUGACUUUGACGAAGGAUCGCGUCCCCUGAAUCUCGUGACAAUUCAGCGCCACGGGGGGGAGGGGGGGCAAUCCUUCCCCUCCAUCCGUCUGAGACGUUGUUUUAAAUUUCGCUGACAUUUACCAGAGAAAUUGCGUGGAAUAUUUUAAGUGAAUUAAUGUGUGUCCAUAUUUAAAACGCUAGAUGUUAAAAAGACCGAAUAUUCACACAAACCCAACAGAGAGUACUUCAUCAUUGACACUCAUUUGAGCAACAACAAAAAACAGACUUGGAACCCGGCGUUAAUGUGUCCCGCACCUCUGAUUCUCACGGGUAGCUACGUACGGUGCGAAAGAAGUUCAUCCUACAUACAUACAUACCGUACGUGUCGCUAUGUGUCAGUAUGUGGGGAGCGGUAGUGUAACAGUUAGCGCACUGCGAUUCGAACCCAACAGCCCGCUUAUGGCCACCACCGGUCACGAGUAUCUGAACCGAUCCCAGACCUCCCCUAGGCCGACUCAGACUCGAAUGAGUUCCUGGUGUUAUGUGUAAACAUCGCCACUAGGGAGACAAAGGCGGUCGGGCGUGGUGCUGGCCACCCAUCCCCUCGUGUGCAGUGCCUGCCUUCAUAGCUGCUCGCUAACAGCACUUACCCCAAAAGUCUGUUGAGGCUAUACGGGGGAUCUUUGUCUUUGUGUAAGCGUCGGUGCGUUUGUCUCGUGUCAGUGUGUCGGUGACUCAGUGAUAACACACGGGCACAUCAAACAGAGGCUCUGUGACUUGCCAAAACCCACCACCACUAUGAUUAUCAUCACCAUCAUCGCAAUGACUGUCAUAAUAUCGAUCAGCAAACACCACCAUUACAUUUAUCAACAUGCUUAUAUUGAUGGAUAUAUUGAUCAGCAUGACUGCAAUCACCAUCAUCACAUCAAUCACCACCAUCAUCUUUCACAUCAAUAUUAUCAUCACCACCAUCGUCAUCAUAACAUGAAUAUGAUCAUCAUCAUCACAUCAAUAUGUAAUGAUAAUGAUGGUCAUAAGCGCCACGAUCAUUAUCAUCACAAUGCUUGCCAUCAUCAUCACCAACAUCAACCUCAUCACCACCACCAUCGCUUACUCUGCACCGUUUAUUGAACGCUUUGUAGUUGUGUGAGCUUGGAGCGAUCAUAACGCGACAAAUAAACCCAAUUAAACCCA